GCUUUGUUCUAGCGUCGAUCAUUGCAGGCAGCUUACCUCCGUGAUUUGUGCCUAGCAGCCAGCGCAACGCUCAAAGGUGCACUACGGGAGUGGGACGAACGCAGCCUGAACUGUAUGGGUUAGAAUCCACCUCGAUUCCACCACCAAGACAGAACUUGGUGCGUGCAACAUUCGAGCUUCUGUGCAUAGAUAAUACCUGGAGGUCUAAAGGCCUAAUGAGCCAGCUGAUGCCCAUCAGGAGGGUCGCUGCCAUGGGGAAGAUGAGGUCCCAUGCGGAAGAAUGGAGAAUAUGAUAUCAACCGUGCCUUUGCCGUCACUUCGAGCGAUCUCCCCAGCCUGCUGCUCCCAGGAAUCAUCGUGCCUUUGCAGUUACUGGUGGACAUGUAACCACAGACGCUCCCAUAUCUACCGUGAGAUGCUGAUGGCUCGACAGUAAGAGUAGAUAUCAGCGAGAUCAGGUGUGUGCUGUUGAAGCGUCCGAUCCUUUCGGUAGAAGUUGUAUAAGAAGAUACGGGCUGAUAUCGCCUCUUAGAGCUUUUUACCCUCUUGCUCAUCCCCUUUGCAAGCCCAGGACUACGCUGCUGGCCAGCAGUGCUUUCCACAAUGGCGAACGUAACCGUAACACUUCCCGCAGAUGCAGCUCCUAUCGCUGGCCCAUUGCUUCUGGGCUACCUCUUCAACUGGGGUCUAUUUGGUGUUCUAUCCGCACAAGUCUAUUUGUACCACAUCGCGUUCCCAAGGGAUCGCUGGACAAUGAAGACCCUAGUCUACGGCGUCUAUCUCGUCGAGAUGGUGCAAACUAUUCUGGUAACGCAUGACGCUUUUGGCGAGUAUGCGAGGGGGUUCGGGAACUUGAAAGCCUUAAACGCGGAAGGACUGCAUUGGAUAGCAGUGCCUGUCUUUAGCGGCAUAGUUAGUGCAACGGUGCAGAUGCAUUACGCCUAUCGCAUCAGCAUACUCUCGGGCUCAAGGAUACUCGGCCUAGGCAUCUCCGUAAUUGCACUGUUCCAAGGCUCCUCUGCGAUCGCUCAGGGCGCUCAGGCGUUCAUCGUUGGAAGUAUCGCGAACCUUGCCACUACCAAGGCAUUUACCAGUUGCGCUAUCUGGCUUGCCGCUACUGCAGCUUGCGACGUUAUCAUUGCCGGGUGCAUGACAUUCUUCCUCCUGAAACAUGACAGCAAGCUCCCUGAGACGCACGCUCUUAUAACAAAGCUCGUCCGGCUCGUCAUCGAGACGGGCACGCUGACAGCCCUGGCAGCGACGGUAGACCUCGCCCUCUUCCUCGCGUUGCCGCACAAGGCGUACCACGGCUGCGUCGCGCUGACACUCGCGAAGCUGUACUCGAACUCGCUCCUCGUAAUCUUCAACAGCAGGGUUCAUAUCGUCGGCGGGCGCACGCACUCUUUCGAUUCGGCCGAGGACGCGUGCAACUCAACGCCGGCGAAGAGCCGGCCCGGCGCCGUGAGCACGAUUCGCUUCAAUCCUUUCGCAACCUACGCAUCGCUUGGCGGUGUGCACGCCCACGAGGAGUUGCGGAUAGAAACAAAUUCUCGGUCAAUACAGGUGGAGGACCAGGUGCGCUUCUAUCCUUCUCGUUAUAGAAGUACCGGUGUUGACGUUAUGUCUGACUUAUCAGGAAUUUUCUGA